UCGGUCUGAAAACAUGUCUCACAACAGCUACUUUAAUUUCAGGAGAUCUCUCCUGAAGAUGUUUCCACAACCAGGGAAAUCGAUUGUCUUCGACAACUUUCCAGAUCCCACCGACGCCUGGGACAUCAUCGAGACAAUCGGGAAAGGGACCUAUGGAAAGGUCUACAAGGUGCUCAACAAACUUGAUGGAAGCAAAGCGGCCGUCAAGAUACUGGACCCCAUCCAUGAUAUCGAUGAGGAGAUCGAAGCGGAGUACAACAUCCUCAAAGCUCUUUCUGACCACACCAAUGUCGUGAAAUUCUACGGGAUGUACUACAAGAAGGACGUGAAAUGUGGAGACCAGUUGUGGCUGGUACUGGAGCUCUGCAACGGUGGCUCUGUGACAGAUCUGGCGAAAGGCAUGCUGAAGAGAGGAGACCGAAUGGAUGAAGCCAUUAUUGGCUACAUGUUGCAUGAGGCCCUCAUGGGCCUCCAGCACCUGCACAUCAACAAGACCAUCCACCGUGACGUCAAAGGCAAUAACAUCCUGUUGACGACGCACGGAGGCGUCAAACUCGUGGAUUUCGGUGUUUCAGCCCAGCUGACAAAUACCCGUCUGAGGAGGAACACCUCAGUGGGAACUCCCUUCUGGAUGGCUCCGGAGGUAAUAGCGUGUGAGCAGCAGCUGGACUCCACCUACGAUGCUCGUUGUGAUGUCUGGUCCCUCGGCAUCACCGCCAUAGAGCUGGGAGAUGGAGACCCCCCCCUCUCCGAGCUCCACCCAAUGAGAGCCCUUUUCAAAAUACCCAGAAAUCCUCCGCCUACUCUCCACCAGCCGGAGCUCUGGUCCGACGACUUUAAUGACUUCAUCUGCAAAUGUCUGAUUAAGGACUUUGAGCUGAGACCAAAUGUGCUAGACCUGCUCCAGCAUGUGUUCAUCAAAGACAGUGUUGGCAGAGAGAAAAUACUGCAGAAACAACUGAUUGAACUCAUUGAUCUCAACCAACAAAUAGGAGUCAUUGAUAAAACAAGCCAUCAUGGAAAGACAAACAGAAGCAAAGAGAGUAAUGACAGGCAUGAACGCAUCCACACUAAAAGAGGAGGCCACAUGAAGACACAGACCGACACGGAUGAGGUGGACGACCUCGCCACCCUAGAGGUUCUGGAUGAGAACACGGUCACAGAGCAGCUUCAGAGUCGCUAUGGACAAGAUCAAAUCUACACAUACGUGGGAGACAUCCUCAUCGCAGUCAAUCCUUUCCAUAAGAUGGAGAUAUACACUCAGUACACCAAGAUGUACAUAGGAGCCAAGCGUACCGCUAACCCACCACACAUCUUCGCUGUGGCUGAUAUCGCCUACCAGUCCAUGGUGUCAUAUAAUACAGACCAGUGCGUUGUGAUCAGUGGGGAAAGCGGAGCUGGGAAAACAGAGAGCGCUCAUCUGUUGGUGCAGCAGCUGACGGUGCUUGGAAAGGCCAAUAAUGAGACGCUCCAGGAGAAGAUCCUGCUGGUCAACAGUCUGGUGGAAGCGUUUGGAAACGCCUGCACCGUCAUCAAUGACAACUCAAGCCGCUUUGGCAAGUACCUGGAGAUGAAGUUCACCUGCGGGGGAACGGUGGUCGGAGCGCAGAUAUCCGAGUACCUGCUGGAGAAAUCCAGGGUCAUCCACCAGGCAGUCGGGGAGAGGAACUUCCACAUCUUCUACUACAUCUACGCUGGCCUGGCUGACAGGAAGAAACUAGCCCACUACAAGCUCUCCGACAGCAAAACGCCUAAGUAUCUGUGGAACGAGCACGUUAAAUUAGGGCCUGACAUAGUGAGCAACACCUUCUACAAGGAGCAGUUUGAUGCAGUGGAGCAGUGUUUCAAGGUCAUCGGAUUCACCCUGGAGGAGCUGGGCAGUGUUUACAGCACUCUAGCUGCCAUCCUCAACUCCGGCGAUAUCGAGUUUUCUCCGGUUGCCUCGGAGCACCAGACGGACAAGAGCGACAUCUCCAACAAUUCUGUCCUGGAGAACGUGGCAUCGCUGCUGUGUAUCCGCUCAGACGAGCUCCAGGAAGCCCUGACCUCCCACUGCGUCGUGGCCCGCGGAGAGACGAUCGUCAGGCCCAACACUGUGGAAAAGGCGACGGAGGUGCGGGACGCCAUGGGCAAGGCUCUCUACGGCCGCCUCUUCAGCUGGAUUGUCAACCGCAUCAACGCGCUGCUGCGGCCCGACAGCCACCUAGGAGAGGAUGAAAAAGGCCUGAACAUCGGCAUCCUGGACAUCUUCGGCUUCGAGAACUUCAAGAAGAACUCUUUCGAGCAGCUCUGCAUCAACAUCGCCAACGAGCAGAUCCAGUUUUACUUCAACCAGCACAUAUUCGCUUGGGAACAGGAUGAGUACCUGAACGAGGAGGUGGACGCUCGGAUGAUCGAGUACGAGGACAACCGGCCCCUCCUGGACCUGUUCUUGCAGAAGCCCAUGGGGAUGCUCUCACUCCUGGACGAGGAGAGUCGUUUCCCGCAGGCCACCGACCAGACCCUCGUAGAGAAAUUUGAAGAUAACCUGAAGACCAAAAGCUUCUGGAGACCAAAGAGGGUUGAUCUCAGCUUUGGUAUCCACCACUACGCUGGAAAGGUGAUCUACAGCGCUGCAGGCUUCUUGGCCAAGAACAGGGACAUGCUACCGGCCGACAUCGUGCUGCUGCUCAGGUCGUCGGAAAACGAGCUCACGCGCAAACUCGUCACCCAUCCCCUCACCAAAACGGGUAACCUUGCCCACACAAAGGGUAAAGGAGUAAACACAAUGCGCACCCCGACACGCACCAUCACCUUCGCCAAGAUGGGAGUGCUAACCUUAUACAAUUCUUUCUCGUUCAGCGAGCCGGGUGAACCUGGAGACGCUCCUUACCACCCGAGAGAAACCACCAACAUGAGAACACAGACGGUGGCCUCAUACUUCAGAUACUCUCUGAUGGACCUGCUGUCCAAGAUGGUGGCGGGGCAGCCUCACUUCGUCCGCUGCAUCAAACCAAACAACGACCGCCAAGCCAACAAAUUUGACCGGGAGAAGGUCCUGGUUCAGCUGCGAUACACCGGCGUGCUGGAGACCGCCAAGAUCAGACGGCAGGGCUACUCUCACCGCAUCCUGUUCGCUAACUUCAUGAAGAGGUAUUACAUCGUGGCUUUCCAUGCUCACGAGGAGCCGCCGGUGACUCAAGAAACAUGCGCCGCAAUACUGGAGAAGGCCAAGCUGGAGAACUGGGCUAUGGGGAAGACGAAGGUGUUCCUCAAGUACUACCACGUGGAACAUCUGAACCUGAUGGUGCAGCAGGCCACACAGAGGAUCAUUCUGCUCCAGGCUUACGUCCGAGGCUGGAUGGGAGCCAAACGAUACCGGCGGACAUUAAAGGAGCGAGAACAGAGCGCUCUGGUGCUGCAGUCAGCUUACAGAGGUCAUAAAGUUCGGAAGAGGGCGGCUGAUGACAAAAGCAAAGCAAAGUUUGAGGCCUUCGUCGUCCGGUUUCAGGCUGUUUGCAGGAGCUAUCUUGCAAAAAAGAAAUACAAGGAGUUGGUAGAUGAGAAGAACAAAGCUGCAACCAAGAUUCAGGCUCGCUACAGAGGCCACAAGGAAAGGAAAAGCUUCAAAAGGAAACGGGAAGAGAAAGAGAAAGCAGAGAAGGCCCUUAAAGAAACAGAGGAAGAGACUCCUGAACCGGAGAAGCUCACCGAUGAAGAAAAUUCCUCUCCUCCCGUCGACGGAGUGGCUAACGAGGAAGAUGAAACUAAGGCGGCCGUGGUUCUGCAGAGCAACUUCAGGGGCUACAAAGAGAGGAAAAAGUUUAAGGAGAGACAAAAGACGAUGGCUGGGGCCGAAUUGGAGUUGCCACCGAAUGCAGUGGUGGAGCAAGAAGGUGGGCGAGAGGAGGAAAAGCCAGCCGAUAAACAAGAGGUGAAUGACGACGAAGACGAAAGCACGUAUGAAGCGGAGGAGAAUGACGACAGUGAUCACACACAGGUGGCAGAAGAGGACGAGCACACGGAAGUGGCAGAUGAAGAGGAGAUGGAGGCAGCAGAUGCUGGGAAAGCAAAGCCGGCGGAGGACGAGAAGGAGGUGAAUGGACAAGAACAAGCUGCGGGGGGAGAGGUUGUUAACGUAGAAGAAGAAACCAAGGCUGCCACUGUCCUCCAGAGUAACUUCAGAGGUCACAAAGAGAGGAAGAGGUUGCAGGACGAAGGCAAGAUCCCAGCUAAGAAACAGAAAGCAGAAAGUCCCACUGGUGAAGAAGAAGACGUGCCCACGGCGAGCAGCGCUGCAGGUGAGGAAGAGCUGCCCGAAGUUCAAACACCAGCAGAGGAAGUCAGUAACGAGGCGACAGAAACAGAAGAAGAAUCAACGAAAGUUCGAGAUGCAGCAGAUGUUUCUUCAAGUGACGUCAAGUCAGCAGACCAAGACGAGGCCAAAGCAGCUGUGGUGCUUCAGAGCAACUUCCGCGGCCACAAGGAGCGCAAACGACUCGAGGAGGAAGGAAAGAUCCCGAAGAAGACUAAGAAGAAGGAGAAAGAAGCAACACCAGAACCUCCAAGUGAAGGAGAAAGGGUAACGCAGACAGAAGAAUCGGUGCCAGAAUCCCAGCCGGAGAACUCGGGGGGGCCGGACGAGGAAAAAGCCGCGACCGUCCUUCAGAGUAACUUCAGAGGCCACCGGGACCGGAAGAAACUGAAAGCAGAGAGAGAAACGCAAAAGAAAACAGAGGAAGAAGCUGCCGAGGAGGUCGAAGAGGAGGCCUUGGACGUUUUGGACGUGAUUAUAGAACAUAAAGAGGAGACAGACACCGAAAGAGAGAGACUGGAGGAAGAGCAGGCUGCGGUGAAGAUCCAGAGCAACUUCAGAGGCUACAAGGACAGAAAGAACCUCAAGGCCAACAAGAAAACAGCGCGGACAGAAGCUGCACGACUGGAGAGCUUCUCCAAACAGAUCACAAAGACUUCUCAGGACUUCGUGGCCCUGCAGCAUAAGUUGAAUGAGAUCAUCCAUGCCCAUCAAUCAAACCCCGAGAACAAUGGCAUGUUCGUGAGAGGAAAAGCAAUCAAUGGCUACGCUCCUCAGAAUCACCAAUCGACUGACAAGAGACAGUCGAGGACCCCCCGCAGGACCCAGCAGCCAAAGACCCUCAACACACCAGAGGACUCCACCUAUUACAACCUGAUUCAUCGGUCUGUCCAGGAUGAUAAACGCAAGCCCAGGAAGGAGGAUCCAGGGAAGCUGCUGGAUGUGGAUGACCACUACUACCAGACGCUGUCCUCCAGCAGGUCCGAGCCCUGCAUCGCCACAGAGGACAUGCCUGAGAGGAGGCCGACUGUAGAGAGGAGAGGGUCCACGGAUGGCAGGCAGUCCACGGAGAAGACACCAGCUGCUGCCAGUAGACAGACCAGAGAGAGGGCCGUCACCGAACCGGAGCCUUCCAGACCCGUCUGUAACGACAGACACUCACUUCCCAGAAUGCCCUCCACAGAGAGUCGGACUGAGGACAACCCGUUUGACUUCAGACAUCUGCUGAGGAAGACCUCCCAGAGACGAAGGCUCAUCAAACAGUACUGACCACACAACUGGUCUUUUUAACCAUUUGGCACAUAAUCUAUCAAAUUCUGAAUGUGACAAUGUAUUAAUCAUAUGUCAUGUUGUAAAAUACAUGAGUAUUUUAUCCGUCAAAGCUUCUGAAAACAACUGAUAAGUUACGUAAAUGAAAAGCACUGACUGCAUUGAUUAUAAGUCUUAUUGAUCUAAAUGCAGACAGGAUGAAAGUAAAUGUAAAUAAUGAAAUGCUUUGCCCUUAAAACUGUAAAUGCAGGUUUUAUUUAUGUGAUUUGUAAACUAGUCAUUGCUACUUUAGCUCAUUUUGCUGCAUCAGUUUCCUUCGCUCAAACAUUGAGGUUGUCCGUAUCCAUUUAAACACCGAAUAGAAUUGUAAAACAUGUAUGUAUACAUCAUGUAAAUACAAGAUCCAUCCUCUUACGCUUCAAUACUUUGCAUUUUAAGCCAUUUUGAUGAGUUUAUCUCUCUGAAAAGCUGCUUCACUGUUGUCAAAUUGUAAGAAAUGUACAUUGUCUCCUCUGCUGUAAUCUGUGUUUUGCUCAUUUAA